AUGGCGUCUGCCCAGGAAUCUCCCAAGAAGCGUAUCGUUUGGACCCCGGAAUUGAACAAGCAGCUAUUCGUCACCUUGAUCAACUGCCUUGAGCCGAGUGCUAUUAACUAUUUCAAAGUUGCCGCGAAUCUUGGUGAAGGGUUUUCGAGAGAUAUAGUCUACAAGCGUAUCUACGACAUCAAAAAGAAGGGUGUCAACAUGGUCGAAAAGUCCACCCCCAAAAAGCGUAAGGUUGUCACCGACGCUGAUGAAAAUUCCUAA